GCGUAUACAUAUAUAUGUGUAAUAAAUAUGGUGACUGCGAGCCGCCCGCUCCCCACCCCCGGCACUUGCUAUCAGGCCGGCGCGGCGAGCAGACGUGUCGCAGGCGCAUUGAAAAAUCAAUUGUGGUUUUAUUUGCGAUCCAACCAAGGUCUACUGCGUAGUCUGAGACAGCACAAAUUGGCGACGAGGAUAAAGAACAUCGCCACACCAUGUCUCAGCUACCGGCGUUAGAAAACUUUGAUUGUGACGGCGAUUCAAAUUCGCUAGGUAGUCGAUGGGAAAAAUGGAAACGCGCACUAAACAUUUAUCUUUCGGCUACUGGGGUAGAUGUGCCGCAAAAAAGGCGAGCAGUUUUAUUACAUACCGCCGGGUUUGCACUACAGGAAAUUUAUUAUAACCUCCCCGGGGCUCAUGUAGAAGAGACAGAAUCAAACGACGUUUUCAAAAUCGCGGUAGAAAAGCUCGACGAAUAUUUCGCUCCAAAGCAAAGUUUCCUUUAUGAGAGACAUCUUUUCAGACUUAUGAAGCAAGAACCGGAAGAAAAAUUUGAGAAAUUUUUAAUUAGAUUACGUAAUCAGAGCUCGAAAUGCAAUUUCGCACGGAAGGAAGAUGAUCUCAUCGAUCAAAUAGUCGAAAAAUGUAGUUCGUCUGAUCUCAGGAAAAGAUUCUUACAUUAGGAGAUUCGGUUACUAUAGAUAAGAUUAUAAUGGAAGCGAACGCAAUUGAGACCGUUGAAAGACAAUUGAAAGGAUUUCAAGUAAGGUCAAACAUCGAUGUAAACAAAAUUGGAACUAGACCAAAAAAUCCCAACAAUAUACGGUGUACUAGAUGUGGAAGUCCACACCAUGACAAUGAGUAUGACAAGUGUCCGGCCAAGAAUGCCAACUGCGACAAGUGCGGGUUUAAAGGCCAUUUCAAAAGUCAAUGCCGUACUUCGUAUAAAAGGCGCAUGGCAAUGGCGAAUGCAAAUGCAGUGCGAAAUGCGAAAAAAAUGAAACCAAAUGAUCAAUCGAAAGGAACCGGACAACCAACAAAUCAACCAAUCAAACCACCAAGUAAUUCACCUCCCUCUAAUAUAAAUUAUGUGUUCCAUAUAGAUGAGGACGCAGAAAUAAUGUGUCAGGUGGGUGGUGUUAACGUAAACAUGCUCAUUGACUCUGGUAGUAAAACCAAUAUAAUUGACGAUAGGACUUGGGAAUAUUUAAAAUCAAACGAAGUUAUCGUUUCAAAUCAACAACGGGGUUCCGACCAGGUGUUCAUGGCUUAUGGGUCCAAAGAGCCGCUUAAAGUACUAGGUUCUUUCGAAGCAUUAAUUGCAAUAGGACCUGAAAAACAACCUGCUAAAUUUUACGUCAUUAAAAACGGCACUCGAAGUUUGUUGGGUAAGGAAACUGCAAAGAAGCUUAAUGUUCUCAAAAUAGGGGUGAGUAUCAAUUCCUUACAUUCCCAGUCAGACACUUUUCCCAAAUUUAAAGACAUCCAACUUGAUAUUGCUAUAGACAAAUCAGUCACGCCAAUCUGUCAGCCCUACAGACGAGUACCCAUCCCACUCGAAAGUAAGAUUAACAGCAAGAUAGAUGAACUAGUAAAAAGGGAUAUAAUUGAACCUGUCAAUAAAGCAACAACCUGGGUGUCUCCGCUCGUACCAAUACUAAAAAAAGAUGGAGACGUAAGACUUUGCGUUGACAUGAGGUGCGCGAAUAAAGCCAUCAUGCGGGAGAAUCAUCCUUUACCUACCAUGACUCAGCUCUUACCCAAACUGAAGAAAGCACGCAUCUUUUCCAAACUAGAUAUUAGAGAAGCUUUCCACCAAGUGGAAAUAAGUGAAGACUGUCGAGAUAUAACAACUUUCAUUACCAGCAAAGGUUUAUUUCGCUAUAAAAGGUUGAUGUUCGGAAUUUCGUGCGCGCCCGAACAUUUCCAAAAAAUCUUGGAAAGGAUGCUUCUCCCUUGCGAAGGCGUCAUAAAUUUUAUCGACGAUAUCGUCGUGUUUGGAAGCAACGAAGAAGAACAUAAUGCCAGAUUGGAAAAUGUCUUACAAGUUUUAAAACACAAUAAUGUUCAACUAAACGAAAAGAAGUGUAUUUUCAAUCGAUCAAAAAUUGAUUUCCUUGGUCACGAGCUGUCCUCAGAGGGCAUUAAACCUUUAGAUAAAUAUAUUAAAAGCAUAGCAUCAUUCAGAGAACCACAAAAUGUAGAGGAGAUCCAAAGUUUUCUGGGACUCGUAAACUACAUCGGAAAAUGGAUUCCAAAUUUGGCUACUGUAACUGAACCGAUUCGCGAAAUUUUAAGACAGAAGCUUCCCAAACACGCCGAUAUUACAAAAUUUUGGAAAAAAGAACAAGCACUUGCUUUUACCGAAUUAAAAAGCAGUUUAAGUAACCUUCACACACUAGGAUUUUAUGAUCCACAUGACAAAACUCAGGUUAUUGCAGACGCGAGCCCCGUAGGGCUAGGGGCAGUUCUCAUUCAAUACGAUACACAUGGACCCCGAAUUAUUGCUUAUGGUCACAAAAGUCUAUCAGAUGUUGAAAAACGAUACUGCCAGACGGAGAAGGAGGCUUUGGCAUUAGUUUGGGCCAUAGAGCACUUCAGUAUGUACCUUUACGGUUUGCAAGAGUUUGAUUUAGUUACAGACCAUAAACCCUUGGAGGUAAUAUUUGGGCCUCGAUCUAAACCCUGCGCACGUAUAGAACGUUGGGUGUUGCGAUUGCAAUCCUACAACUAUAAAGUCGUGCAUUGUUCUGGUAAGAACAAUAUUGCUGAUUCACUUUCUAGAUUAUGCUCCAUUCAAAACUCACAUCCAUAUGACGAUGAUCAUCACGUUAAUCAAAUUGUGCAGGCUGCAAGACCUUUGGCAGUAUCAAUGGAAAACAUAAUUAUCAAAUCCCAAGAAGAUGAGGAAACCCAAUUAGUUAAAGUUGGCCUCUCAGACAAUAGCUGGGACCCAAAAGUAAAUCAUUAUAAACUUUUUAAGCAUGAACUCUGGGUCCAUGAUGAUGUCUUAUUACGCGGAAAUAAAAUUGUCAUACCUGUCGAGCUACGCAAACAAGUGCUAGCAUCGGCACAUGAAGGUCACCCAGGCAUUGUUGCCAUGAAAGGUAGACUGCGGACUAAAGUGUGGUGGCCUAAAAUAGAUAAAGACGCGGAAAACAUGGUAAAAAGCUGCAAAAGCUGCAUUUUAGUCUCGGGACCUAACCCUCCUGUGCCGAUGAAGAGACGUGAAUUGCCUUCCCAACCUUGGGUAGAUAUAGCGGUGGAUUUUCUAGGUCCACUUCCCAGUGGACAUUACGUAUUCGUGGUUGUGGAUUACUACAGCCGCUACAAAGAAGUCAAAGUUAUGAAAUCGAUCACGUCCCAAGAAACCGUCGGGGUGCUUAAAGAAAUAUUUUCAAGGCUAGGUAUCCCCGUCAGUUUAACUUCUGAUAAUGGACGGCAAUUCAUUAGUGAGGAGUUCAAAUCCUUCUGCUCAGAGUUUGGCAUUAAACUUUACCAUUCUAUACCGUACUGGCCCCAACAAAAUGGGGAAGUCGAGAGGCAAAACCGCGACAUCAUAAAGCGGUUAAAGAUAAGCCAGUGCCAAAGAUCUGAUUGGAAGGACGACCUUUUACGCUACCUUAUGAUGUACAAUAGUACACCGCAUAGCACGACGGGAAAGACCCCCUCGGAACCGUUUUUUAACCGUCAGUUCAGAGAUAAAAUUCCUUCCGUUGUAGAUGUCGAAAGCAGACAAAUCAAUCUAGAAGUACAUGAUAGAGAUAAAAUAAUGAAAGAUAAAGGAAAACAUAGAGAAGACCGAAAGAGAAAGGCAAAGGAUAAUCACAUCAACAUAGGAGAAAAGGUGUACAUUAAGAACAUGAUUAAAGAAAACAAGUUAACACCAAAUUUUAACCCAAUACCACAUACGGUGAUUAGCGCAAAUGGAGGAGAUGUAAAUAUAAGAAAUGAUGAGACGGGACAAGAAUUACGGAGAAAUAUUAUACAUUUGAAAAAGGUGGAAGGACAGUGGAAGAUUCAGAGUGAAAGGGAAGGGAGAGAGUGCGGUGAUGAAGAUUGUAGAAAUUUUGAGAAUGGAAAUUCCUGUAGCUCCGAAAUAGAAUCAGAGGAAGAAUAACAAAAAUACAGCACAAUACUUAAACUACUACUAAUUAAAUUGAUUAUGUACUAAAAAAUAAAAUAAAACAAAAAAAAUAUUCAAAGAGAGAGAUGUGGCGUAUACAUAUAUAUGUGUAAUAAAUAUGGUGACUGCGAGCCGCCCGCUCCCCACCCCCGGCACUUGCUAUCAGGCCGGCGCGGCGAGCAGACGUGUCGCAGGCGCAUUGAAAAAUCAA